UAAAACGUAGACUAAGAUAAUCACGAUUCAUUUCACACCCCAAAAUUCGUAAAUUUUUUACGCACCGCCUCUCCUCGACACCCGAAACUCCCGAUGACGAUCCCAAAAAGAAGAAUGGAAGUAAAUUCCUUGCCGCGAAAUCAGAUUUUUCAAAAACUUUACCCGUAGCGCCCUAGUCGGAGACGAAAGGCGUUAGAAAACGCGCAAAUCGAGGGACCAGAGUGUCCGGCUUUGCCAGAGUUAGUCUACUUUGGUGUCAACAAGUUGGCGGACUUACAAUUCAGCCGUUUCGUAAGUGUAAACAAACUCGUACCGGAUUAAGAUGACCCAAGUCUAGAGAGAUGAGUCCGCUUAUUCAGGACAACCGUUGUCACGAGUGCAAGAAAUUGUUCUGCUGUUCGGACUGCCGGGAUCUGCACGAGGAAAACAAGCAUCCCAAACCUCCGGUGAAGAAGGACUGUCUUUUAUGUAAUUUUCAAAGAUUACCGUUGAAACGAUUCGCGGACGACGAUUACAUCUGCCAUCUGGUUAUCCGACAUUUGCCCUUGCAGUGCGUCCUCUGCGGUCAGCUGUACCGAACGAGUUCGGAUUUAAAAAAAUUUCAGACGUGUACGUUGAAAAAGCGAAGCAGAAAAUCGUCGUCGUUUUCCGUUCGCAAGGAUCAGGUGGGAAGAAUACCGGCGCAGGCCACGCCGUCGCCGAUCACCAAGACUGUCUCCUGUCCCUCGAACUCUGACAACGACUCGCCGAACGAGCAGAAUUUUCACAAUCUGCACAGCCUCACGUCACCGCCGGAACUGUUGAUCCGACACACCAGCACCCCGAUGCAAAUCGGAUUCUCCGGCGACAGAACGGGAGCUACUUUCAAAACACCGAAAGUCCCGUUGGCCUUUUCGCUGAAAACGCCGACCGCCAGUUUCUCCGGUAACAAAUUGUCCUCGAUACUGACGCCCGUCAACGACGACGGAACGGACGUUGGAGACGGCUCGUCGCAAAAUCUGUUUUACUCGGCAACGAGUCAGCUGACAACUUCACGGGACAGCAUCGGUAAAUCUGACGUGAAACGGGGGCUACAGACCAAUUUCGAUUCAAAGUCGAACAUGAACGGGACGGACACUCCUUCGAGAUCGUCGGUCAGCUACGCUCCCGCGAACGGAUCCGGCUCCGGCUAUUCCAGGGAAUUUUUCAGGACCAAUUCCGGCCGGAGUCUGGAAGUGAUGGAGGAACAAGAGGAACAGGGCAGCGUUGACAUGGAACUUACCACGCCUCUCGGGGGCCUCGAAAAAUUCCCCGAAACUCCCGAUCCCGGUACCAGCAGCGGGACGAUCGCCGAGUGUCCCAAGGAACAGCCGAAAAAAGUGAGAUUUUCCGACGAGCAUCGGAUCGUCGCCGACUGUACGACGGAUCCGACGGUCUCGGACAGCGAGGAAUUCUACGAGGCCCCGGAGAUACCCGGCGAAAAAUCGAGCCACUCCGAGUCCCGGUUGAUGAUGAAGGAGAACGAGGAGAACUCCGACAAGGAGAAUCUGGAGAACCGCGAAAACUCCGAGGAUUUCGUAAGUCCGCCCCCGAGUAAUCCGUCGCCGAGUUCAUCGCGCGUCGUCAUGAUGCUCGUCGUAGAGAACGGCUACAAGGUGUCCUCCUCGGACUUGAUGCCCAUCAUAAAUUCGAGCUUGAAAAAACUCGAGAGCGUGACGACCAGCGAAAAAUUGACAACGUCGAUCACCAGCGUUUCCGGUCAGUCCGAGAACGGAACCGGUGGUAUCGUGAGGUCCGUGUCCUCCGUGGACAGUUACACGACCUCUUCGACCUUGGAUUAUUACUCGUCCCCCGCUGCGGACGUGGCGCUGUCCGUGCCACGCGCUCGCGUCGACCCUCCGGCACUGUUCGGGCGGAACGCCGGCGGAAUUUUUUCCGCCGUGGCGCAAGCGAUGCGGUACGCCUUGGGCGGUCUCAACGGCGCGGGAUCUCCGAAAGGUAUUCCACCGGCCAGAGAGAUCCUUCGGCAGCAGCGAUCGCUCGAUCCGAACGGCCUCGAUCCUCGAGGACCUUCUCCCGGCAUGUCGGCCAUCGCCACUUCGCUACUCAGACGGCCGGGCAAGCGGUCCAGGGAUUCGAUAUACGACGGUGUGCAGCCUUCCCACCGUCCCGCGGGACUUCGGGGUCCUCGGAGCCCGUCGAGUCCCGUUGCCAAGAGACCGAGGAGCUGGCACAGGAUCAGAGGAAGGGAUCCGAUCGCAAGGAUGCGCAGGGACGAAUCGUCCGAGUCGAGGAUCACCGGCGUUUCGUCGGAAACCCAACAGUUUCGCCAAGGAUCGCUUUCCGCGGGCGAUAAAAUUUUACCGCUACCUUCCAGGGCGCAUCAGUCCACCCAAACCGAAUGAAAAAAACGAAAACAGU